GGGCUCCAGGGUUCCCAAAUGAUCCCAAAUCCUGCUGGAUCCCAAGGAAUGAUCCCAAAAAAUCCCAGAUCCCAAGUGCUGCUGGAUACACAAAACCAAUCCCAAACCCCAGAUCCAAAUCCUGCUGGAUCCCAAGGAAUAGUCCCAAAUGAUCUCAAAUCCUGGUUCCCAAGCAAUCCCAAAAUUAUGCUAAAUCCAGGAUCCCAAGCAGUGUUAAAUUCUGAAUCCUAAAUCCUGCUGGAACCCAAGGAAUAAUCCCAAAUGGUCUCAAAUCCUGGAUCCCAAACAAUCCCAAAUCCCAGAUCUCAAAUCCUACUGGACACUCAAAACCAAUUCCAAAUGCUCUCAAAUCCCAAAUCCUGGACCCCAGAAAAUCCCAGAUCCUGAAUGCUGCUGGAUACACAAAACCAAUCCCAAACCCCAGAUCCUAAAUCCUGCUGGAACCCAAGGAACAGUCCCAAACAAUCCCAAAUCCUGGAUCCCAAACAAUCCCAAAGCCCAGAUCUCAAAUCCUACUGGACACUGAAAUCCAAUUCUAAGUCCUCUCAAAUCCCAAAUCCCAGAUCCCAAAAAAUCCCAGAUCCCAAAUGCUGCCAGAUACCCCAAAUCCAAUCCUAAAAGAUCUCCAGUCCUGGGUCCCCAAACAAUCCCAAAUCCCAGACCCCAAAUCCUGCUGGGUCUUCAUAAGCAAUCCCCAAAACCAAUUCCAAAUCAGGGUCCUGACAGGGGAAAUCAGAGCCCUGUGUGGGAUAAAUGGGCCCUGAGGGGAAAAUGGGUCCUGAAGGGAUAAAUAAGGGCCCUGAGGGGUCAGUGGGUUCCUGAAAGGGUGAAUGGGGGUAAAUCAGGGUCCUGGCAGGGGAAAUCAGGGCCCUGAGGGGUCAGUGGGUUCCUGAAAGGGUGAAUGGGGGUAAAUCAGGGUCCUGGCAUGGGAAAUCAGGGCUCUGAUGGGUCAGUGGGUUCCUGACAGGGAAAUGGAGCCCUGGGGGAUGGAUCCUGGCCCCAAGGGGUUAAAGGCAGCCCCGAAAGGUUCCCUGAGGUCCUGGCAGGGCCAGUUCUGCCCCUCGGGGGAGGAUCAGGGCGUGGGGCCCUCCCUCCUCCCAGCCUUGACACCCUCUGCCCUCAGAGCUCCAGACACAGCCUCUGGAUGGAGACGGGGAUGGAGCUCAAGGUGUCCCCCCCUGCCCUCCCUCCCGAGGUGGCCCUGGCGGUGGAUGCACGAGACAGAGCCCUGGCGGCCCUGGUGGCCCUGGCUGAGGCCUUGGGGACACCGGACAGUGUCCCUGCGGCACUGGCUGAGGCUGAGGCCGCACUGAGCCAGGCCCGGGUGGCUCUGAAGGGGCUGGAGGGGGCCCGGCAGGCUGCGGUGGGCCCGGCAGGGGCCCUGGGGACCCUGGGGGACGAGGACGAGCAGCGGCUGCGGCAGUUCGGGGCCAAGGCUGAGGAGGCGGCAGCGGCACUGGAGCGUGAGGAGCGACGGGCACGGCAGUGCCAGCACUGGCUGUGGGCUUGGCACGGGCUGACCAUGGGGCUGAUGAUGCUGUGCGGGGCCGUGUUAUCACUGGACUCGGUCCGCACCGCCCUGGGGGUGACCGAGGAUGGUCACCUGCUGCUGGCCCUGGCCGUAGUGGCCGUGUCCUGCGAGGUGGCCUGGUGGGGCUUGGAGACAUCGUGGCGUCACCUGGCCACUGCUGCGGGCCACCAGCGGGACAUGGCCCUGCGCCUGCGGGACCGUGCCCAGCAGGUGGCGGCCACCAGGGCCAGCGCCGAAGCCGCUGCAGACACCAACGAGGCCACCGCGGAUGUGCUGGGGCAGCUGGAGGAGGUGACGCUGGCGCUGGGGACAUUGGUGGCCGCUGUCACCCGGGACAGGGAGGAGACACCGUGGGGGACACGGGGACAGGGCUUCCCCAGCGCUGCCCGGGCGCUCGGGGACAUCAUAGUGGCCUUGGGGACAUCGCGGGAGGGGCACAAGGAGGUGACGCGGAGGCUGGAGGUGGCCCAGGGGGCGCUGGUGGGACAGGGGUAGGGACAGGGUGGGGAAACGGGGGUGGCACUGUCACCACCGGAGAACGGGGACACCCCGAGGGACAUUAGGGACCUUGGCCCAACCCCGUGUCCUGCCCUUGGGGAUACGGGGGCCGCCCUGAUGUCCCCUGUCCCGUUUUGGGUCACCACGAUAUCCCCGCAGCGUCCCCAACAGGACCCCGGUGUGUCCCCAGUGUCCCCAACGGGACAUGAAGGGACAUUGGGCUCCUGUUGGGGACGUGGGGGCACGUUGGGGACAUCGCGGGUACACUGGGGACCCUGCCCUGGCCCCGCGGGCGGAGGGGGCAGUGACGUUUCCUUGCCCUGCCCCCAUCCGGCCGCGCCCCGUUCCGCGUGUGCUCCGAGUGUCCCCCGGGCGUGUCCCCCCCUCCCCGCCAGCGUCUCCUGGAGUGUCCCCCGAGUGUCCCCAAAGCGUCCCUGGAGUGUCCCCAGCGGUCAUGGAGCCCCGCGAGCUGCUGGAGGCGUUGGUGGACGUGGUCACCACCCUGGAAAGGGUGGCAGCCACCGUGGCUGGGCCAUACGGGGAUGUGCUGCUGACCCCAAGGGGGGUGUCCCCAAGGUCCCUGCACACGGCCCUGGGGACCUUCAUCA